AUGGCUUCCCGGCUUUUCGCCGCAGUGGCUCGGCGCGGUCGAUCGUGCGGCGCGCUGCUGAGUCAGCAGCAGCAGCCUGCGCGUCUCGUUCAGGAGCGCGCGAUGGUGCUCGGCGCUGACCACACGAGCAAGUGGAUGCAGGACAGGUGUAUUUCGAGUCGUCUCAAGAAUCACCAGCAGGGCGCGAUGGUGCUGGGUGUCGAUCAUGCUAGCGAGGCGAUGGUGCCGGGUGUCAAUCAUGCUAGCGAGGCGAUGGUGCUGGGUGUCGAUCAUGCUAGCGAGGCGAUGGUGCCGGGUGUCGAUCAUGCUAGCGAGGCGAUGGUGCCGGGUGUCGAUCAUGCUAGCGAGGCGAUGGUGCCGGGUGUCGAUCGUGCUAGCGAGGCGAUGGUGCCGGGUGUCGAUCAUGCUAGCGAGGCGAUGGUGCUGGGUGUCGAUCAUGCUAGCGAGGCGAUGGUGCCGGGUGUCGAUCAUGCUAGCGAGGCGAUGGUGCCGGGUGUCGAUCAUGCUAGCGAGGCGAUGGUGCCGGGUGUCGAUCAUGCUAGCGAGGCGAUGGUGCCGGGUGUCGAUCAUGCUAGCGAGGCGAUGGUGCCGGGUGUCGAUCAUGCUAGCGAGGCGAUGGUGCCGGGUGUCGAUCAUGCUAGCGAGGCGAUGGUGCUGGGUGUCGAUCAUGCUAGCGAGGCGAUGGUGCCGGGUGUCGAUCAUGCUAGCGAGGCGAUGGUGCUGGGUGUCGAUCAUGCUAGCGAGGCGACGGUGCCGGGUGUCGAUCAUGCUAGCGAGGCGUUGGUGCCGGGUGUCGAUCAUGCUAGCGAGGCGAUGGUGCCGGGUGUCGAUCAUGCUAGCGAGGCGAUGGUGCCGGGUGUCGAUCAUGCUAGCGAGGCGAUGGUGCUGGGUGUCGAUCAUGCUAGCGAGGCGAUGGUGCCGGGUGUCGAUCAUGCUAGCGAGGCGAUGGUGCCGGGUGUCGAUCAUGCUAGCGAGGCGAUGGUGCUGGGUGUCGAUCAUGCUAGCGAGGCGAUGGUGCCGGGUGUCGAUCAUGCUAGCGAGGCGAUGGUGCCGGGUGUCGAUCAUGCUAGCGAGGCGAUGGUGCUGGGUGUCGAUCAUGCUAGCGAGUGGAUCCAAGUGCGACGCUUGCACUUCCAUUGCGCGUCCGAUUCCUUUCCGUCGCACGUGCGACUCGCCGUGAUACGCGAUUACGAAG